AUGCAUCAAAUCUGGUGGAAUGGCCCGCGUUGGCUGACGCGACCCGUCGAGGAGUGGCCCGCGACUCCCUUGGACACCAGAGCCGAGCCGCCGGAGGAGCGCCGAGUUGUGCACAUCGCGGUCCAGACGGAGGAGGAGGACUUCCUCACCCGGUUCUCCACUUACGGUCGAGCAUUGCGUAGCGUGGCGUACGUGCUACGCUUCCUGCGCAAAUUCCGACCAGUCACCAGGGCUCUCGCGGCCUCGGAGCUCCGAGCCGCGAGAGACACCCUGCUGCGCGUCGCGCAGCAGAAGCACUUUCCAGUCGAGCUGUCUCGGCUAAGGAGAGGUGCCGUUAUCAAUCAACGCAGCCCACUGACGCCGCUGCAGCCGCACCUCGACGAGGAUGGGUUGCUGCGCGUCGGUGGUCGGCUGCGACAUUCACGUCAGUUGCAGGAGGAGAACCAUCCAGUUAUACUGCCGAGAUUCGAUCGCCUUACAGAACUCUUGGUGAGAAACGCGCAUCUGAGGGUUUACCACGGCGGGGUUCAGAUGACCUUGGCAAACCUGCGGAGGAACUUCUGGAUACCGGCGGGUCGCAGCCUGGUCCGUGGCAUUCUUCAUCGCUGUGUUACGUGCGUGCGGCAUAGGGCCGCCCCGUUCCAGCCUCUCAUGGCGCCCUUGCCGGCGACCAGGGUGACGCCGGCUCCCCCGUUCUCCACGUGCGGGGUCGACUAUGCUGGUCCUAUCGGCGUGCGGACGACCAGGGGCGAGGACACCGCAGUUGCAAGGGGUACAUCGCGGUUUUCGUGUGCUUUGUGA